AUGGUCUUCGGUGGAGGAGUUAGAGCCCCAGCAAGAGUGCUGGGAUAUUUCACUUGCGGGCACUUCCCGCAUUGGCGGAAGUGGGAACCCAGAGACACAAACACAAGGUUGAGCGAGGGACUGAACUUGCAGCACGUCUUCAAUAAAUAUCCAUCUGUGUAUUCUUACCUCCCAUUAAUUGCAAGUUACUUCAAUGAGAAUCAAUAUCCAGACGAGGCAAAGAGAGAAGAAAUUGCAAACGCCUGUAAUGCAGUUAUACAAAAGCCAGGAAAAAAGUUAUCGGAUUUGGAGCGAGUUACCUCCCUUAAAGUGUACAAUUGGUUUGCCAACAGAAGAAAGGAAAUCAAGAGAAGAGCCAAUAUCGAAGCAGCAAUCCUGGAGAGCCAUGGAAUAGAUGUACAGAGUCCGGGAGGUCAUUCCAACAGUGACGACGUUGAUGGCAAUGACUACUCAGAGCAGGACACUUGGCAAGUACGCAAUGGGGAGGAGGAGGGAAGAUGUUCAGAGGGAGGCAGAGAAGCAGAGAAGGUAGAAGAAGACAGGAGGAUCUGCUCCAAACAAGAUGACAGCACUAGCCAUAGUGACCAUCAAGACCCCAUUUCAUUAGCCGUGGAAAUGGCAGCGGUAAACCACACCAUCUUGGCAUUGGCCCGGCAAGGAGCCAACGAGAUCAAGACAGAGGCUCUAGACGACGACUGAUACAAAGAAAGGGGAGGGUCAAAGCAAGAAGUAACUUAGUUUUAGACGUAGCACCUUAGCAGACUUUCCUCGGUCCUUAAUAUGUGUUCUUACAGUAUAACUUUGCAGUUUCUUGUACGUCAGUUAGCUGUUAGGGUCUUGUUCUGUGAAGAUGGCAUGGUGCCCUCAGCCUUUGCAUAUACUCUCUCAGUAUUAAUUCCCAAUAAAUAAUCAAUCAACCAACCAACCUCCCUCUCCCAGCCCCAGUGGCUAGAAA